AUGGGUAAUGACGGUGGAAGUAUCCCCACCCGCCGCGAGCUCGUCCGCGAAGCCGCGCGCGCCCCCAGCACAGCUCAAGUCAAGGAAGCCCAGCGAGAACUCCAAGAGCACUACUGGACGACAUGUCCGCUGUCACACAAGCCAUUAAUGCGUCCGAUAGUGGCUGACUGCGUCGGGAACAUGUAUAACAAAGACGCGAUUCUCAAAUUCCUCCUUCCCGGCGAAGAGACCGAAGGAAUCAGUUCAAAGGCCGAUUGCGAAGAGGUCCUCUGCGGACGGGUGAAGGGACUCCGGGACGUAGUCGAGCUGAAAUUCGAGAUUGACACCGAACAAAGCCAACCGCCCUCGACUAAGCUCGACAAGCAAGAGGGUUGGAUCUGCCCGGUCACUGCUAAGCAGCUCGGGCCAAAUGUCAAGGCCGUCUAUCUUGUGCCCUGCGGGCAUGUGUUCUCUGAGGAGGCGGUGCGCCAGCUGAAGGGCGAUAAGUGUCUGCAGUGCAAUGAGUCGUACACAGAGGAGAGUGUCAUUCCUAUUUUACCGACGAAAAGUGAGGAUAAGCAGCAGCUGGUGGCGCGGGCGCAGAAAUUGGCUGAGCAAGGGUUGACACAUUCGCUGAAGAAGGCACCUGGGUCGAAGAAGCGCAAGAAGCAGGCUAAUGGGGAUUCUGCUGAGACGGAAGGUGCGAGUCGCAGCAAUACGUCUACUCCAAAGCCUCGUGCGUCGGAUGGCAUUAAGCAUGCGGCGACGGCGAUGCUAACUGCCCGGGUCCUGGAGGAGGAGAAUGAAAAGAAGAAGCGGCGGAAGAUGAUGGGUCUGAAUGAGAAUCUGGAUAGUCUGUUUACGAAGGACUCCAAAGACGGCAAAAUGAAUAACACCGAUUUUAUGACCAGGGGCUUUACUCUUCCUGCCGGCUCGAGGAAGUGA